GCAGGAGAAGCAUUUCUAGUUUGGUGUUGUGUACUGAACAUUGAAUUUUGAGUGAGCCCUGUCACAAAUUUAACGUAACAAUGGCCGAUUUCGGCGAAGCUGGAAUAGGGGAUUUUGUGCUCCUAGAGGAUAUAUGCAUGGAAGAAUUUAUGAAAAAUUUGAAGAUACGAUAUAAUGCAGGCCAUAUCUACACCUACAUUGGAGAAGUAUGUGUAUCUGUAAAUCCUUACAGAACUAUGAACAUUUAUGGACAAGAUUAUAUCAACAGUUAUCAAGGUCGAGAAAUCUUUGAAAGGCCACCUCACAUAUUUGCAAUAGCAGAUGCUGCAUACAAAUCCAUGAAACGUAAUGCUGUAGACACAUGUAUAGUCAUAUCAGGUGAAAGUGGUGCUGGAAAGACUGAAGCAUCCAAAAUAAUAAUGAGAUAUGUUGCUGCUAUUACAAAUACUAGUGGCCAAAAAGAAAUUGAAAGAGUGAAGAAUAUCCUUUUGCAAUCAAAUUGUGUAUUAGAAGCGUUUGGAAAUGCAAAAACAAAUAGAAAUGAUAAUUCUAGUCGUUUCGGCAAAUACAUGGACAUCAACUUUGACUUCAAAGGUGAUCCUUAUGGUGGACACAUUAGCAAUUAUCUUUUAGAAAAAUCUCGUGUUGUUGCUCAACAAAAAGGUGAACGAAAUUUCCAUGCAUUUUAUCAACUUCUUUUUGGUACACCUGAAGCUUUAUUAUCAAAAUAUGGAGUUAAGAGAGAUGCAUCUUUAUAUAAUUACACAAAACAAGGAGGAAGUCCUAAGGUUGAUUCAAUAAAUGAUAAAACAGAUCAUAAAGCUGUUUGUAAUGCUUUAAAAGUUCUUGGAUUCCACCAACAACAAUCAGAAACUUUAUGGAGGAUACUUGCAGCAAUUUUGCAAUUAGGAAAUAUGGAAUUUGAGCAUGAAAAUGAUGCAACUUCAAUAAAAACUCCAGAAUACCUUGCUUCUGUUUCUCAAUGCUUAGGUGUGUCCGAGGAAGAGCUUGAAAAGGCUUUGUGUCAAAGGGUUAUUGCUGCCAGAGGAGAAGUCAUGGAAAAGGUCCAUACUGUAUCUGAAGCAGUGUAUGGCAGAGAUGCAUUUGCUAAGGCUAUAUAUGAGAGAUUGUUCUGCUUUAUUGUGAACCGCAUAAAUGACGCCAUAGAGGUUGGGACAAAUGGACAUGGUCUAAAAAAGAACAACACAGUUAUGGGUGUUCUAGAUAUAUAUGGAUUUGAAAUUUUUGAACUGAACAGUUUUGAACAGUUUUGCAUUAAUUACUGCAAUGAGAAACUUCAGCAGCUGUUCAUUGAAUUGGUUUUGAAACAAGAACAGGAGGAAUAUCGAAGAGAAGGAAUUCAGUGGCAAAAUAUUGAUUACUUUAACAAUGCUAUAAUAUGUACCUUGAUUGAUGAACCUCAUAAAGGAAUCUUUGCAAUUGCUGAUGAAGCUUGCCUUUCUGUUGGAAAAAUUACAGAUGAGAUGCUAAUAGAAGCCAUGGAUAACAAACUUGCUAAUCACAAACAUUAUACUAGUCGCAAACUUGCUCCAACUGAUAAGACAUUAGAACAUCGUCGUGAUUUUAGAAUAAGACAUUAUGCUGGUGAUGUGACUUACUCUAUUACUGGCUUUAUGGAGAAAAAUAUGGAUUCUUUAUAUCAAGACUUUAAAAGACUGAUGUUCUGCAGUGCUGAUCCUUUAAUAUCACAAAUGUGGCCAGAUGGUGAUAAAGAUAUUACUCAGGUUACAAAGAGACCUUUAACUGCUGGGACAUUAUUCAAAAAUUCAAUGGUAGCUCUUGUGAAGAAUCUGGGCUCAAAGGAACCUUAUUAUGUUCGGUGUAUUAAACCUAAUGAUCAAAAGUCACCAGCUUUAUUUGAUGAUACUAUGGUGGAACACCAAGUUGCUUAUCUUGGAUUAUUAGAGAAUGUUCGAGUGAGACGUGCUGGUUUUGCUUAUCGUCAAACCUAUAAUCGAUUUUUACGCAGAUACAAAAUGAUUUCAAAAUACACAUGGCCAAAUUUUAGAGGUGGAUCUGAGAAAGAUGGUUGUAGAGUUCUUAUUGAUGAGCAAAACUUUUCCGAUGAUGUACAAUAUGGUGCAACCAAGAUAUUUAUUCGAUCUCCACAAACUAUAUCACAGUUGGAAUAUCUACGCUUAGAAUUAAUACCUGGAAUUGUUGUAUUCCUACAAAAGAUGUGGCGAGGUGCUAUAGCUAGAUUAAGAUACCGAAAAAUGCUUGCCAUGUUGGCCAUUAUAAAAUUCUAUAGACAUCAAAAAUUGCGAAAAUAUAUUGAUCAAGUAAAUCAUGCUUUCAGAAACGUUAAGACAAUGAAAGAUUAUGGUAAAAAAAUAACCUGGCCCCCUGCACCGACUGCACAUAAGGAAUUUGCCAACACACUUCAUAAAAUACAUGACAGGUGGCGUGCUUAUAUGGUCCUACGUAAAAUUCCCCGAGAACAGUGGCCAGAGAUGCAUUUGAAAGUUACUGCGGCUGAAGUUCUUAGAGGACGCCGGGACAAUUGGGGCUAUCAUAGAAAAUGGGAAGGCAAUUAUCUUGCUUCGACUUCUGAAAAUGAUAAUACAGCUUCAUUUGUAUCAUCAAUGGGAAGUCUGAAGUCUAAAGAUCAUUUUCAGAAAGUUCUCUUUUCCAGUUUUAUAAAAAAGGUUAACAAGCAUAAUAAAUGUGCUGAAAGAGCUAUUGUUAUAACUGACAAAUUUAUCUACAAACUUGACAGUAAACGAUUUAAACCUCUUCGCUCUGCUAUACCAAUUACAGAUUUGACUGGCAUUAGUGUAACACCUGGUCCUGAUCAAAUGAUCAUUCUUCACUUGAGAGGAGGUAAUGAUUUAGUUACUGCCUUAACAUCCUGCCAAGAUGAAGAUAGAGUUGGGGAGCUUGUAGGCAUUAUCGUUCAUCAGUGGUUCCAAUUGCAAGGAAAGGAUUUAAGAGUUAUAGUAAAUCCACAGCUUCAGUGUAUGUUAGGGAAUAAAAGCAGAACUCUUGCUGUGGAAUCAACCAACAUUACAGUCCAUCCAGCCUUCAAAAAAGAUGGUCCGAAUCUUGUUUUGUUAUGGCCUGUGUGUAGUGCCUGAACUGUCAUAACUUCUUAUAAAAGUUGUUUUCAGAAGUAUUUGUUGUUUAUCUACCAAGAUUAUAUCAAAUUCUAUAUUUUAUAUGACAGGGUAAAUCUAAAUGGCAUUAUGAAGUUCCAAAACUAUUUUUUCAUAUGCAAAUAAUCACACUGCAUAAAAAUAUGUCUCAGUUAUAAUGAGAUAUAUCAUUGCCUUUAUGUAUGAAAAAUGUGUACUUGGCAAAAUAUAUUUUAGCUUGUUAUGGAAAUGUUGUUUAAUACACACACACACACAUAUAUAUAUAUACAUAUUCCUAAAUGGGUCCAAAUACUAUACUUUAAAAAAAAUUGUACUUUUAACUAAGUAUUUUGAAUUAAUUAAUGCAUUUAUUUGAUUGACCUGUAUGAAAUUAUUUUGAUAACAAAACUAUUUUAAGAAUUUUAUCAAUGACAUCAAAAUUUUCAUUUGUACAUUAUAAAUGUGUUUUGAUGAGAGGAGGUUGCCUGAACUUAAAAUUCAUUUUAAUUUAUAUUAAAAAAUUUAGAAAUUAACUUUUAAAUUUAUUUAAAAGUUAGAGGCGUGAAUAAUCAAAGUAUUAUAGAAACUUUAAUAUGCAGUUUUAAUCUUCAAAUUUAAAUGUAAAAAUAAUGUAUUAAUCACUGAAGCAAAAUUUGAUGCAUGAUUUUUUGUUGUUUCAUUGAAAAUAAUCUCAGAAAUUUAAAGAAAAUUUAUUUUUAUAAAUAUAAACCAUGCACUUACUUCUUUAUGGACUGUUAUUUUUAUGAAAAUUUAUUGUACUUAAAUGCAUUUGUUUUUCUAAUCUACAUUGAUCUGUGAAUAAUGUAUGAUCAAAUUUCAACGUUAUCCUCAGGUACUUACAUCUAAUUCUGUAAAAACAUUGAUAAAAUGCAACUUCUUGUAUUUUCCUUCUUGUAUAUCAAGAUCUUUUAAUUGAUUUUCUUCCACUCAAUACUACUUCAAUUGAACAUGGUAUAAAGAAAAUAUUUUUUGAUGUUUUUUCAUUAUCUAAUGCUGAGGAACAGAUUUUAUAACAUAGGUUUACUUUUAAUUAUUGCUAAAUAUGAUUAUUUUUUUAUUAUUAUGUAUCAGCUUUUAUACAUUUUCUUUCUUAUUUUAUAUUCGGUGUUUAAUGCCUGCUUUUCUUUGAAAUAUGUGACCAAGGUAAUAUUUUUCUAACUGAAGGAUUUUUCAUUGCUGUAAAAAAGAAAUAUUUAACAGUAUACCAAUUUUUAAAAAUAGUUUUGUUUUUUUAGUUUGAAUCCACUGUAAUAGACUGAAUUAAAAUCGCUUUUUCCUAUUAUUUUUUUAAUCUUAUAAAUAUAUUUAUUUAUCAACCAAUUUAGCAGUAUAUUUGUUGCUAAGGAUUUGCCUCCUAUAUUGUUUAUUUUUCAUAUUGGUUCUUGAAUAAGUAAAUAUACUUCAAGUAUCUGUGAUAAAUUCCUGGUAUUUCAUGCAAAACUGUAUUAUAAAGCUUGCUCAUUUAAUAUUUUAAGACUGAGUUGAAAGAAUUAAAGCUUUAAUUUUUAUUGAAAAUGUCAAACUACAUAUAUAUAUAUAUAUCUCUUAAUUUAUAUUAGUUUUCUGAAGUAUUAAAUUUGAUAAGUAAAAUGAAGUUUUAAAAUCGUAUGUAGAUUGUGUUUGUUGGAUGGAGUUUUGCACUUUUUGUGAUAUUAUGUAGAAUCCCCUCCCCAUGUUUUAUGAAUUGGAAUUUAAAAAUUGCAAGAGCUAGUCAUUUUAUAUUAUUGAGACUGAAAAAUUUGUUCUCUGCGUGAUAAUUUUGUACUUAUAUCUUUAGAUUUUUUCUUUCAUUAAAAUAGUUUUUCAUCUAUUAUGAUUUACACAGAGUAUACUAAAAUGACGUGCUUGCUACUUAAGAUUUGAAAAGUUGACACAGUUUGUGUGCAUAUUAAUAAUUUUAUUGCAAGAUACUGAUAUAGUUCAUUUUGCUGAUUAAAAACAAUUGAGGAAUUCUGAACAAUUAGUGUUAAAAUAAAAAUGGUAAACUAUUAAUUUCUAACAGACUUUUUUAAUAUCAUAAGCAUUUAGAUUUUUUUGCAAAUAUUGAUUUCUUCAUGUUUUUGCUAUUUAUUUCAGCAUAGUGAGUAUUUUUUAAAAAAAAUCACAAAAAUGCCAUUAUAUGUUUACUAACUGCAUCAUAAGCUCAUUUCGUUGGCCAUAGCAUCAUAAUGCACUGUAUAUAUUGAAAUUAUUCAGAUGUUUUAGUAUUUAGUUUUUACUGUUUUGUUGCUUAUUUAUGAGUGCCAGAAAUUUUAGAAUAAAUGUAUUUCAUGAAA